GCGUAGUUUUGCUCUUGGACGAAGAGUGCGAUUUGGAAAGCGAUUCGAAGAUGUUUUUUGAUGGUAGAGAGUAUCGACCCCUGCCCCAUCCUCCUGGGGAGGGAUUGGAUGUGGAUGUGCGAAGAUUCGUCAGUCCACAAAAUUUGGAUUAUGUUAAGUUUCGAGGCAGAAAGUUGAAGAAAGGCCUCUCGAAGCAGUACGAACCCUCGACCGGUGCUUUCGAAGGUUUGGACGUUUUUGAAAAUAACAUCAAGCCUGCUUAUAGAAAAGCUGUGAUGAAGGUUCGACCAAUCUGUCAGACGGCCUGCCAACGUUUUAACAGUGAGAGAUUGGUCGAAGAUGUGGAGGAUGAAGGAGUGAACAAUAGAGAGAGCGUGAUUCCUCCACGAAGCACCAAAGAGAACGAAGACCCGGCAGAGCACGAAGAUUGCGUGCAAGAUAAUCCUGACCAUUCCAAGGAUAGAAAUACAUUGAAGAAAGUCGGGUCGUUCUUUAAGAGCAUGUGGAAACCCGUUAAGAGGUAAGAUUUUGUACGAUUUAGCCUCUGAAAUUGGCAAUAAAUCGAGUGUGGCGCUAAGCCCAAGUAUCGAUUACGCCAAAAAUUUUUAUAGCAUUAAGAUUUGAGUUGGAAAUGUUUGCGAAUCGCAU